AGAUGUAUUUCCGCAACCUAACGCCAUAGUUGCGAUCUUCUUUUGUCCGUGACCAUUUUGAUCUCCACAUGUGAGUUGGGUUUUUCUGCCGCUAGUGAAGUGGAAAAGUGCUGUAAAUUCUGCUGGAAAACGCGUAGAUCUUUAAGAUCGUCACAAUCCGCCGAUCAGAUCCGCAUUUAUACAACAGGUCCUGUUGGUAUAAAUCGUAUUCCGUCGUCACCGAGUAGCAGACGAACGCCCGCGACGCGCACUUCGUUUUUUCGUUUGGUUGAUCCAAGAAAAGAAGAACAACAACAACAACAAUGGCCGAAAUGGAGGAUACCCACUUCGAGGCCGGAGAUUCCGGUGCGUCCGCCACCUUCCCGAUGCAGUGCUCGGCGCUCCGCAAAAAUGGUCACGUUAUGCUGAAGGCUCGUCCAUGCAAGAUCGUUGAAAUGUCCACCUCCAAGACCGGCAAACAUGGACACGCCAAGGUACACAUGGUCGGCAUCGACAUCUUCACCGGCAAGAAAUACGAAGAUAUUUGCCCAUCCACCCACAACAUGGACGUACCACACGUUAAGCGCGAAGACUACCAACUCACUGACAUCGAUGAUGGCUUUUUAGUUCUCCUGAAUGACAACGGCGAUUUACGUGAAGAUCUUAAGAUUCCAGAUGGUGACUUGGGAACCCAAUUGCGUGCUGAAUUCGAUUCCGGCAAGGAGUUAGUUUGUACCGUUCUUAAAUCAUGCGGUGAAGAAACUGUGAUUGCCAUCAAGAACAACACUGCUGCUGAUAAGAACUAAUACCUCGCCCGUUGCUUACUAUACCAUCCCGCGAAUCACACCUACACACCAACAGCAACAACACAAUUCAGCCAAAAUCCAAACAGUUCUAUUCGCGCUGCUAUACUACUCUACAGUAAGAACAACAACAACAUUCACAUACAAACACUCAAGCGGAUCAGAGGACACUGAUACUCUAGUGCAGGCAAAAAAGUGUUCCUCCCCUUCUUCUGUACACACCCACACUAACAGCAAAAUAAAGGACGAACACAAACACACAUACAGUUGCAACUAUUAGUAUAAAGCUAUUAUUACAGAUCACAAAAAAAAGAUAAUAAAUUUAAUACUUUCUAGUAAAAGUAAUUAACCUGAGGUAGAACGAAGACCACAUUACGCAGCAGUAGUAGCCGCAAAACUAUGGGGUUGUCCGUAAACUACGUGGAGGCUACUUUGUACGAUCCAUACAAAUUUUUAAAAUUUUGUAUGACGAUUGUCUGUGUAGGGGGAGGGGAGGGGGUUCAAAAUCUCUCAAAAAUUGUCUACGUGGUUCAUGCACAACCCCCUAUAAACUCAAACAAAAACAAAAGUUAAAGAAGAAGUUGAGGAAAAUGAUGCAGAGCUGAGCGAAAACUGGGCUUUCGCAGUGACAAACAAAUCCAUGCCGGGAGAGCAGAGAAACCGAGAAAGAGAGAGAAAAGGGACAGAUCAGUGGUGUUUCAUGAGUUGUGUAAUUGAACACUAGAGUGGAGAAAAAGCGGUUCCCCGUUUUUUGUACAAUGCUUCAACACGUAAACAGAAACAACAGUAAUAAAAAGGCAAGAAAAAUCGAAACACACAUUAAUUAUUAUAAUAAAUUUAAAGGAGAAGAAAAAACCAUAUAAUAUAAUAAAAAUAUUAUAAUAAUUUAAUGAAACCCAACAACAGAAUCAAUAACUAAAGAAAUUCAUCCGUGAGACGAGAGCUAGUUUAAGACAAG